GGGGCGAUUGUCUAAAAUUGUUGCCUACACGUGCAGUUUGAAUUUUUGGUUUUCGUUUUUAUUUUGUAUGCUAGAAAAUCACAUCUAUUAAUCUAUUGGAAUCAUGCCGGCUGCAGUGGCUCAAGGCAUACAAAUAAAUGGCGGCUUAAAGAAUAAGAAAAUCGUCUUUGAUGAUGAAGGGGAAGCAGUGGCCAAACCUCAACACAAAUCUAAAGAGCACAACAAACCACAGAAUGUGAAAAAUCAAAAGAAACAACCAUACCAACAAAAUGGCCACUCCAAACCAUCAAAAUCCAACCAUGGGAAAGGACAGCGGCAGGGUCAGGAACAGGUGAAGCGGCCGCAGAAGAUUAAAUUUGGUGAUGAUGGCGAUUCCAUUGUAGAAGAGAAGGAGCAACAGCAGCCACUCAAGAAUGUGAAAAAUCAAAAGAAACCAUACCAACAAAAUGGCCACUCCAAACCAUCAAAAUCCAACCAUGAGAAAGGACAGCGGCAGGGUCAGGAACAGGUGAAGCGGCCGCAGAAGAUUAAAUUUGGUGAUGAUGGCGAUUCCAUUGUAGAAGAGAAGGAGCAACAGCAGCCACUGAAGAAGGAGAAACCACUGGAGGCAAAGAAAUCGCAACGCAUCAAAUUCGAUGAUGAUGGCGAGGAGCAAAAAGUGGACUCUGCCGAUUCAGAUACCGAUUCCGAGACGGAAGGGCAACAGUCUUCGUUUAAGAAGCACAGUAAAUACCAAGCUAAGGCACAGGAAGAUGAAGAUUCCCAGAAAAAGUGGUAUCAUGUGCAUCCCGACUAUCCUUCGACUGAUGAAUUUCUAGAUAUGAAGGAACCCGAGCAAUUGGAACUAUUUAAUCUCUGCAAGAGUUCUUUUGAAGCAGAAAAAUCGAUCUACAGCAAACGUAAUCCGACGGAUGCUCGUUGGCUGCAAACCGCCUUGCACAAGGGUACAGCCAAGGAUCGUGCCAAUGCUGGAGCCCUGCUGGUCACCAGCAAUCCCUUGGGUAAUCUGGAGGCCCUCUCCACUCUAAUUGGCUUCUGCAAGAUCUCCAAUAAGGCCAGCAAUGAAGUCAUUGCUGUGCUCACGGAUCUGUGGCAAGAGGUUCUGCUGCCGCCGCAACGGAAACUUCUAUCGAUUCAUACGCGAGGAGCGGACUGGAAAAAACUGAAGAAGGACACAACGCUAAGCAAGGAGAAGCAACGUCGCCUCUACUCCUAUUGGUAUUUUGAGAACGAGCUGAAGGAUCAGUAUCAUGAGUUCCUGAAGAAUCUAAUGCAAGGACUCCAAACUGGUCAGGAUCACAAUAAGAAUUCAUCCAUAGUGGCUGGAGCCAAACUCUUGUCAUAUGCCCCUGAGAAGGAGCAAAUGCUCUUAACCAUGUUAAUCAAUAAACUAGGUGAUCCCACGGCCAAAAUAGCCUCCAAGGCAUUGCAUCAUCUCAGCGAGGUGGCCCACAGGCAUCCCAAUAUGUGUGGCGUCAUUGUUGCUGAGGCGGAAAAGCUACUCUUCCGUAAUAACAUCUCGGAAAGGGCUCAACACUUUGCCCUGUGCUUCCUGGCCAGCAUAGCGCCAUCGGGUAAAUCGGAUGUAUGCACCAAAUUGGUAAAUAUAUGCUUUGCCCUCUUCAAGGUUCUUGUGCAAAAAGGAGCUGUGAAUAAUCGCACCAUGCAGGCCAUUCUAAGAUGCCUCCAAAAGGCCAUAGUGGAGGCUCAGCCCGCUAAGGAUGGGGGCGGUGAGCUGCUCAAUAAGGAGAUGCAGGAUACUGUCUAUCGUCUGGUUCACUUGGCAGACAUUCGCGUCUCUGUCCAAACACUGGGUCUGCUCCUCCAACUAAUCACCGUGAAAACUGAGAAAUCGGAUCGUUUCUAUAAUGCUCUGUAUGUGAAAUUGUUGGAUUUGAAUCUAAUCAAUGUGGGUGGCAAGACAGCUGCCCAACUCCUGCACAUAGUUCAUCGAGCCAUACACAUUGAUAACCAUGUGGCCAGGGCACAGGCCUUUGUAAAACGUCUGCUCCAAUUGUCAUUGUAUGCUCCUCCUCACAUAGCUGCCGGUUGUCUCAUAGUUCUUCACAAAUUGUUACGCAUGCGUCGCGAACUUGUCCCUGGUAGUGGACUAAAGGAGGAGGAGGGACAUAAACAGCAUGCCAAGUUUAUUCCUCUCGAUUUGGAUAAGUUUGGCAACGAUGAUGAGGACGAAACCUAUAAGGAUGUGGAAGACAAAGAGGUUGAGGAAAAGGUAGAAGAGGAGGAGAAUCCGGCCAUCAAAACGGAAACGGGCUCAUCUUGGCAUCAUGCUAGUGUGGCCACCGCCACCGCCGCCACAAGCGAGUCCAAAGUGAAAAAUAUUGACUCGUGCAAAUAUGAUCCGUAUCACCGUGUGCCAGCCUUUGCCGGAGCUGGCUACGCCCUUCGCAAUGAGCUGUUGCUCUUGCGUCAACAUUAUCAUCCCACUGUCCAGGUCUUUGCCGAACAGAUUCUGCAGCAGAAACGCAUCGAUUACUAUGGUGAUCCUCUCCGGGAUUUCGGUCUACCACAUUUUCUGGAACGUUUCGCCUUUAAAAAUCCCAAGAAACUGGACCAGCAACCAGCUGCCGAGGCGACUGCUAUUGCCCACAAACGUUAUACGGCAUUCGGUUCCCGUGGCAAAUCAGUGAGAUCCUUGACCAAGACUAAUUGCACGGAAGAUGAGAUGUUUAUUUUCAAUUUCCUUGAACACAAACGUAAGCAAGCCGAUUUGGUGGCCCAGGCCAAGAAACAAAAGCAACCAGAUCAGUUGGAUAAGGACGAAGCGGAUGAAAAUGGUGAAGAGGGGGCUGGCGAAGUCCUUCAAGAAGGCGAAGUGGAUGAUGAUGAGUUUGAGGCAUAUCUGGAUGGAUACUUUGGCAAAAAAUUCAAGGAUGGUGGUGACGCUGAAGAGGAGGAAGAUGAGCUUAAUUUCCUUCAAGAACUCGGCGGUGAAAUGGAAGCAGACAAAUCCAAAAAGAAAGAUAAGAAAACUAAAAAGCAAGCUGCCGACAAGGCAGAGGACGAUAUGGACGACAUCGAUGAUGAUUGGGGUGAUGAUGCCAUACCGGAUGAGGACGACGAAGAUGAUGAAAUUGCAGCAGAUGGAGAGGAUCAAUCUGAUGAUGAGACGGGAUCUAUUGAUUUGGAACCCCUUGACGAAGAUGAUGACGACGAUGAUAAUGAUGAUGAUGAUGGCUCCAUUUCAGAUGGCGACUCCAGUGAGGCACCUGAGAGUCCCGACGACGAGGACGAUGAUGAUGAUGCUCAACCCAAGUCGAAAAAAUCACGCAAAGAUUCAGCCAACAUGUUGAAUGAGCGUGGUUUUGCCCAGAAACUGAAGCAUAGCAAUGAUAUGUCAUCAUUGUUUGCCGCUGCCGAUGACUUUUCCGCUCUCCUUGAGGAAACGGGCAAGGUAAAGGGUCAGGGCACCAGCAAUGCUGUCUUCAACAAGGACAAAUCAUCCGACAAACAAAUGAAAUGGGAAGAGAAACGACGCUCGAAUAGCAAAAACUACACAAGCAAAAGGUUCUCUAGCAAAAAAGGUGACUCCAAAUCGAAACCCAAAUUGGGCAAAAAGAGGAAACAUUAGCUAAGGCAACAAAUGCAAUGUUAAGUUAACUCUUUGUGUUAAUAAAAUGAAUUAUAAUAAUUUUA